AUGCGUCGCAACUUCACAUCUUUCAAUUGCCGCCCUAGCCUCUGUGCUCGCGCUCCCCCGCGCAUCAACACCUCAUAUCCUCGCGUCUCGUCAACCCAAGCUUCCCGCAUCGACCGCAUCACAUCUAAGCUUCCUCGACGUUUACAAAGAUACACUAGCGGUUUACGUAACGCUCCAGUCUCGCAUAUUGUUUCAUUCUUGAUCCUUCACGAGAUCACAGCAAUUGUGCCCGUGCUAGGGCUGUUUGGUCUCUUUCAUUACACAAAUUAUGUGCCAGUGGAAUACGUAACGGGCCACUUUGGAAGCUAUGUCGAAGAUGGAGUUGGCCGCUUUGAGAGGUACUUCACACGCAAGGGGUGGUUUGGUUUCGGUCAGAACGGAGAAGGUGAGGCCUCAAAUGCGGCUACAACACAUCCGGACUCCAAAUCCGAGGAAGCUGUGGAGCGCUGGCAUCGUGGAGAUGGGCGGUACAAAGUGGUAGUUGAAGUUGCUCUCGCGUACGCAAUCACUAAGGCUUUACUGCCAGUUCGUAUCAUCGGCAGUGUAUGGGCUACGCCAUGGUUUGCCGGGAUACUCAUGAGAGCCAAAGGAAUAUUCACAAGCAAACCUUAA